AAAUAAAUAUCUAACUAGAUACGUAACUAGAAUAUGGUGCAUCUUAAAACAUCAAUUUUAUCGAAAACAAGCUCUAGAACGAAAAAAUCUUUUUUUUCAUCUUACGUUGACGUAUGAAUUAAAUUUUUAUCCAGUUAAAUCAUCAGUUGUUUUACACUAAAUACAUUAUGCGGACCCUAGACGUGCAAAAUUUGCGCGGGAACAGUACACUGAGAUAACCAUAAAAAUCUAUAAAAUGGCACAACGUAGUAUAACAUUAUUUUUCUCAAAAGCAAGUCCGAAAGAUAAAACUGAAUCUAAUGAUGUAAGCAAAAUAGCAAAGAAUGAAGAACAAAAUAAUCCAGGAAAUACUAAGCGAAAAAGAGAUAGUAGUGAAGAUAUCAAAGAAACCAGUUCUCCAUCUAUCAGAAAUUCUUCAAAAAAGAAAUCAGUUUCAAAAUCUCCUUCGUUGUUGGGAAAAACAAAUGGAACACGAAAACAUAAGCUAUCACCCAUUACAACUGGAGAAAAGGAAAAGAGAAAAGCUGAAACUUCACUUAACGCUUCUAAAAAGAAGAAAAAACUUGAUAAAACUAAAAAUACUCCUAAAAAAAGGAGUGCAAAGAAGAAACUGAAAGAUAAGUUAAAUAAUGAAGAGCAGAAAGAAAAUGAGUUGACUGUAGAAAAGACAGAUUCAAAUCCUGAACUUGAAGCGUCAAAAUCUUCACCUGAAAUAUCCAAAAGUAAAAAAGAUAUUAAAAAUAAUAAAAAUAAGGUUGUAAAAAAAAGAUUAAGAAUAAUAGCACCUGUUGACUCUAGUGACGAAGAAGAAACUAUUCAAUUAACAGAGAGUCCUAAAAAAGCAAAUGUCGAUGAGGGAGAAGAAAGUCCAGUUGAUAGUGAACAAGAAAUGUCUGAUAAGGAUCUUUCAGACAAUAAAAAGAAUAGUGAAGAAGAAAAGAAGAAAGAAAACAAUAUAGAAGAGCCUGUAAAAAAGAUGCAUAAUUUUUUUGCUCCAAAGGAGAAAGAAGACAUAAAGAAUACUGAUAAAGAUAAGAAAAAGUCCUCCAGUCAUUCUUAUAAUCCGAGUGUUUCAAAAUAUGAUCCAAUAAAUGAUGCAUUUUGGAAACAAGGUGAACGGGUUCCAUAUAUUGCAUUAACACGCACAUUGGAACUAAUUGAAGAAACAAGCGCUCGAUUAAAAAUAAUAGAAAUUUUAUCGAAUUAUUUCCGAUCUGUUAUAGUUUUAAGUCCAGAUGACUUACUUCCUAGCAUAUAUUUAUGUCUCAAUCAAUUAGCACCUGCUUAUGAAGGUAUCGAAUUAGGAGUGGCAGAAACAAAUUUAAUGAAAGCUAUAGCACAAUGCACUGGCAGAACUUUAGCUCAAAUUAAAGCAGAUGUCCAGACAGUUGGUGAUUUGGGUAUUGUGGCAGAAGGAAGUCGUUCCAAUCAAAGAACUAUGUUUCAACCUGCUCCACUAACAGUAUCAAAUGUAUAUACUAGGCUGAAAGAGAUUGCACAAAUGACUGGCUCCGCGUCUUUAACUAGAAAAUUGGAUAAAAUUCAGUCACUUUUUGUAGCGUGUCGUUUUACUGAAGCCAGAUAUUUGAUUCGGUCUUUGGCUGGUAAACUUCGAAUUGGUUUAGCAGAACAGUCUGUAUUACAAGCUAUAGCGUUAGCGUGUACUAUGACACCACCAAAGCAAAGCUAUCCACCGGAAAUUUUAGAUAUGAGUAAGAAAAUGUCAAGCGAUGCUUUUAAGCAAAAGUACGACGAAACUGCGCUUACUUUUAAAACAACUUAUUGUGAAUGUCCGAAUUAUGAUAAGAUAAUUCCCGUUCUACUAAAAGAGGGAAUUGAAGAAUUACCAAAAAAAUGUAAAAUUACACCGGGAAUACCUAUGAAACCAAUGUUAGCGCAUCCUACUAAAGGUGUGCAAGAAGUAUUAACGCGUUUCGAUGGACUGAAGUUCACUUGCGAGUGGAAAUACGAUGGAGAAAGAGCACAGAUUCAUUUUGCUGAGGAUGGGAAAAUUAGUAUUUAUAGUAGGAAUCAAGAAAAUAAUACCAGCAAAUAUCCUGAUAUCAUAGGACGAUUUAAAAAUACCAGAAGUGAAGAAAUUGAGAGUUGUAUUCUCGAUUGCGAAGCAGUCGCUUGGGAUAACGAGAAUAAAAAAAUUCUACCUUUUCAAGUACUUAGUACAAGAAAACGCAAGGAUGCGAACGAAACAAAUAUUAAAGUUCAAGUGUGUGUGUUCAUGUUUGAUUUACUAUAUUUGAAUGGAGAAUCACUAGUGCAACAACCUUUUAUAAAACGUCGUGAAUUAUUGAGAAAGAAUUUCAAGGAAAUGACUGGAGAAUGGAAAUUCGCAACUAGUUUGGAUACUUCAACUAUGGAACAAGUUCAAGAUUUCUUAGAUGAAUCGGUCAAAGGCAAUUGCGAGGGUCUUAUGGUGAAGACCUUAGAACAAGAUGCAACAUACGAGAUUGCUAAACGCUCUCGGAAUUGGUUAAAAUUGAAGAAAGAUUAUUUAGAUGGUGUCGGUGACACGUUAGAUGUAGUUGUCAUUGGUGGUUAUAUAGGUAAAGGAAAAAGAACUGGAACUUAUGGAGGAUUUCUUUUGGCUUGUUAUGAUCAAGAGAAUGAAGAAUAUCAGAGUGUCUGUAAAAUUGGUACUGGAUUCAGUGAAGAAGACCUUCAAAAGCAUACCGAGUUCUUUAAAGAACAUAUAGUAUCACAAACUAAGUCCUAUUACCGUUAUGACUCAUCUCUAGAACCUGAUCACUGGUUUGAACCAAUUCAAGUCUGGGAAAUCAAAUGUGCAGAUCUCUCUUUGUCACCUGUUCAUAAGGCAGCUGUUGGUAUUGUUGAUCCAGAGAAAGGGAUAUCAUUGCGAUUUCCACGGUUUAUUCGUAUUCGUGAUGAUAAAAACAGCGAGGAUGCUACAUCAGCGCAACAAGUUGCGAAUAUGUACAACAGUCAAGAGCAGAUAAAAAAUCAAGCAUCAUCGACGAAAGUGGCUGAAGAAGACUUUUAUUAAAUUUAAUGCUUUGUCGUAGUACUUGCCAGGAGAUGGAUUGUUUUAUACUAUAUCGAUACUCAUUUGAAAUAUUUUGAAUGUUAAUAGACGAUAUUCUCUUUUCACAAUAUAUAUUUUAUUACUUACGCAUGAUAUUUCAUUAUUUACAUGACAGACUUAUGUCAGACUUAGAUAUUACAUUCAAUAAAACGAAUUUAUUAUA